AUGAAGUUUUCAGCGUCUGACUCGUCCUGCGUUUCGUCUUGUAUCCGCCACGUAAAUAAGGGACUCCUCAACCUGCUCAUCACUAAAGUGUGUCUGUUCUCUCUGCUGUUCGGAGUGGUCUGGGCGAUCACAGGACAUGAGUGUUUACCUGGAGGAAACCUGUUUGGCAUCGUGGUCCUCUUCAUCUGCUCCGUGCUGGGAGGGAAGCUGGUAGGAAUGAUCCAACUGCCCACGCUGCCCCCCUUCCCUCCUCUACUUGGAAUGCUGCUGGCAGGUCUGCUGCUGCGUAACGUUCCCUACGUAACAGACGCCGUCUACAUCGACACCCAUUGGUCCGCAGCUCUGAGGAACAUCGCGCUGUCAAUCAUCCUGACCAGAGCUGGGCUCGGCCUCGACCCCACGGCGUUGCGUCGUCUGAAGGCGGUGUGUGUGCGUCUUGCAGUCGGUCCCUGUGUGCUGGAGGCCUCUGUUGUUGCUGUGGUUUCUCACUUCCUGUUGGGUCUGCCCUGGAUAUGGGGCUUCAUCCAGGGUUUUGUCCUGGCUGCAGUGUCUCCAGCUGUCGUGGUUCCCUCCAUGUUGCUCCUGCAGAGAGAAGGAUUCGGAGUGGAGAAGGGGAUCCCCACCCUGCUGUUGGCUUCUGGGAGUUUUGAUGCUAUUCUGGCCAUAACGGGGUUCUCUACCUGCCUUGGAGUCGCCUUCUCUACAGGUAUAUCUACGGGAAAAUAUAAUAUAAUCAUCUAUUCUGUUCCUUUCAAUUCUACUUGA